AUGACCGGUCCAAUCAACGGAAAUACGACAAAGGAGCACGUAAUCCUCGAGAAACCAGAGAAACCAAAGAACAGCGCGAAAAAUGGGACUAGUGUCACAAACGGCACCAACGGGAAAGUCUGUGAUGGAAACAAUUGGUCUCCUUCUUCCUGGCAAUCGAAACCAAUAAAACAAGAAGUAACCUAUGAAGACCAAACACACCUGAAAACCGUUCGAGACAAAUUGACCCAUUUACCGCCGAUGGUUACACCUCAAGAAAUCACGAAUCUUCGCAACCAGCUGAAACAGGUUGCCCUAAAUAAUGCCUUUUUAUUGCAAGGUGGCGAUUGUGCCGAGCUCUUCGAAUACUGCUCACAGGAUCCAAUCGAGUCGAAACUCAAGGUCCUCCUUCAAAUGAGCCUGGUGCUUACAUGGGGUGCCAGGAUUCCGGUGGUUCGGAUUGCCAGGAUGUCUGGUCAGUAUGCGAAGCCGCGAUCAAAUCCAUUCGAAAUUUACCAGGGCAAAGAAAUAUUGUCAUUCCGGGGUGAAAAUAUUAAUGGGUUCGAUCCCAACGAUAGGAAACCUGACCCCGAGCGUCUCCUGAAGGCCUACUUUCACUCGGCGGCCACGUUAAACUAUGUGAGAUCGAUCCUCAGUUCGGGGUUUGCAGCUCUCUCGACUCAACUAUUAGACCUCCACCGUCCGUCGGAAUGGUCACUUCACCACGUGCGCUCCAACGGAACCCGCCAAGAAUAUCAGACGAUUGUUGACCGUCUUACCGACGCAUUAGAUUUCAUGAAGACGAUCGGUGCGGACAGCCCUUUGUCUCCUGUUUCAAGCUCAUUAAACAGUGUCGACUUUUUUAUGUCGCAUGAAGGUUUACUCCUUGAAUACGAGCAAUGUUUGACGCGACAACUAAAAGAUCCGGAGUCUGGUGACCUCAAGUGGUACAAUGUCGGAAGUCACUUUUUGUGGAUCGGCGAUCGAACUCGACAGCUCAACGGUGCACAUGUGGAAUAUUUCCGUGGAAUAGAAAACCCAAUUGGAAUUAAAGUUGGCCCGUCCAUGAAACCCGAAGAACUCCAAGAGUUGUUGGAUAUCGUGAAUCCAAACAAGGAGAUUGGAAAGGUGACCUUAAUUACACGUUAUGGAGCGCAUCAGGUCGAGAAAUAUUUACCAGCUCACAUUCAGGCCGUCAAGGCAUCAGGUCACAUUGUGGUCUGGGCAUGUGACCCAAUGCAUGGAAACACGAAAAACUCUUUGGCUGGCAUGAAAACACGACACUUCAAUUCAAUAAUCGAGGAACUUUCAAAGGCAAUACACAUUCACAAAGCAAAUAACAGUCAGAUGAACGGUGUACAUUUUGAACUUACAGGCGAAGGCGUGACGG